AUGUCUCCCGCCGUCGCCGCCUCUGCCUUCCGGUCCGCUGCUCCCUUUAUCACCCGCCGUGCUGCCCCCGUCCUCCGCCCUACCGUCGCUCCGAGAUUCGUCCUGCCGACAUCGGUCUACCUCCGCCAGCCCUCACUGUCGUCGCGCAACAUGGCCACCCAGGCUAAGAUCAAGGUCAAGAACCCCGUCGUCGAGCUCGACGGCGACGAGAUGACCCGCGUCAUCUGGAAGGACAUCAAGGACAAGCUCAUCUUCCCCUACCUCGACAUCGACCUCAAGUACUACGACCUCGGCCUCGAGUACCGUGACGAGACCAACGACCAGGUCACCAUUGACGCCGCCGAGGCCAUCAAGAAGUACCAGGUCGGUGUCAAGUGCGCCACCAUCACUCCCGAUGAGGCCCGUGUCGAGGAGUUCAAGCUGAAGCAGAUGUGGCUCUCGCCCAAUGGCACCAUCCGCAACGCCCUCGGCGGUACCGUCUUCCGUGAGCCCAUCGUCAUCGACCGCAUUCCCCGCCUCGUCCAGGGCUGGAAGAAGCCCAUCAUCAUCGGCCGUCACGCAUUUGGUGACCAGUACCGCGCCAAGGACAUGGUCUGCAAGGGCCCCGGCAAGCUGACCAUGACCUUCACCCCCAAGGGCGGCGAGCCCCAGGAGGUCGAGGUCUUCGAGUUCAAGAACGGCGGCGGCGUCGCCCAGUCCCAGUACAACACGGACGAGUCCAUCACCGGCUUCGCCCACGCCUCGUUCAAGCUGGCGCUCGACAAGGAGCUGCCGCUCUACAUGAGCACCAAGAACACCAUCCUCAAGCGCUACGACGGCCGCUUCAAGGACAUCUUCCAGGAGCUGUACGACACCCAGUACAAGGCCGAGUUUGAGAAGAAGAACAUCUGGUACGAGCACCGCCUCAUCGACGACAUGGUCGCCCAGAUGAUCAAGAGCUCCGGCGGCUACAUCAUGGCCCUCAAAAACUACGAUGGUGACGUCCAGUCCGACAUCGUCGCCCAGGGCUUCGGCUCCCUCGGCCUCAUGACGUCGGUGCUCAUCACCCCUGACGGCAAGACGUUCGAGUCCGAGGCCGCCCACGGCACCGUGACCCGGCACUACCGCGAGCACCAGAAGGGCCGCGAGACGUCGACCAACCCCAUCGCCUCCAUCUUCGCGUGGACCCGGGGACUGAUCCAGCGCGGCAAGCUCGAUGAGACGCCCGAGGUCGUGGCCUUUGCCGAGGCGCUCGAGAAGGCGUGCAUCGACACGGUCGACGUCGACGGCAUCAUGACCAAGGACCUGGCGCUGGCGUGCGGCAAGACGGCGCGCGAGGACUACGUCACCACGACCGAGUACCUCAACGCCGUGGAGCGCCGCAUGAAGAACGCGCUCAAGGAGAAGUUGUAA